CCGCCGUCGCGACCCCGGCGCCCCGGAUGGGGAAGGAGGCGGGCGUCGGCCCCCCCGGCCGCGCUUCCCUACGAGCGGGCGGGCAGGAACUUGGCUGUGUUGUUCUGCCUCAGAGAAGAACUCCUCUUGCAGGCCUUGCCUGGGUAGCAGCCUUUGAGAACAAGGGAAGGUCGGCAUAAUAUCAACUGCAACACAGCAUGGGAUUUCCGGAGAGGUCUUGUUUCGAGACUUUAUAAAGAACAAGAACCACAUGGACUUCUGCAUGGGAAAUUGAACUGGCCUGAGGCCGAGGGGAAGGAUGAUGUGUGCCCAACCCGUACCUAACACCACGGAGAUCAGGUGGCAGAAAGUCUUAUAUGAGCGACAGCCCUUUCCCGAUAACUACGUGGACCAGCGGUUCCUGGAAGAGCUCCGGAAGAACAUCCAUGCCCGGAAAUACCAGUACUGGGCUGUGGUAUUUGAAUCCAGCGUGGUGAUACAGCAGCUGUGCAGCGUCUGCGUUUUUGGGGUCAUCUGGUGGUAUUUGGACGAGGGUCUUCUGGCCCCGCGCUGGCUUUUAGGGACUGGCCUGGCUUUGUCACUGACUGGCUAUGUUUUGUUCGAUCUCCUUGAUGGAGGUGAAGGACGGAGGAAGAGUGGGCGGACCCGGUGGGCUGACCUCAAGAGCGCCCUGGUCUUUAUUACUUUCACGUACGGCUUCUCGCCCGUGCUGAAGACCCUGACAGAGUCUGUCAGCACGGACACCAUCUACGCCAUGUCGGUCUUUAUGCUCUUAGGCCACCUCAUCUUCUUCGACUAUGGGGCCAAUGCCGCCAUUGUGUCCAGCACCCUGUCCUUGAAUAUGGCCAUCUUUGCUUCUGUCUGCCUGGCCUCACGCCUGCCCCGGACCCUGCAUGCUUUCAUCAUGGUGACAUUUGCCAUCCAGAUUUUUGCCCUGUGGCCCAUGUUACAGAAGAAACUGAAGGCAUGUACUCCCCGCUGCUAUGUGGGAGUCACGUUGCUCUUUGCAUUCUCAGCCGUGGGGGGCCUGUUGUCCAUUAGUGCGGUGGGGGCCACCCUCUUUGCACUUCUGCUGGUGUCUAUCUCCUGCCUCUGCCCUUUUUACCUCAUUCGCCUACAGCUUUUUAAAGAAAACAUUCAUGGGCCUUGGGAUGAGGCUGAGAUCAAAGAAGACUUGUCCAGGUUCCUCAGCUAAGUUAGGGAACUCCGUUCUGUUAUUCAGACAAGCUGAUAGACUAGCCUCCCAACUAGGACCCAGUCGAAGGCAGAGUCCCAUUCUGGAAGCAGCAGGCUGAUGUGGUGGGAGAACAGAGAUCCAAAGAAGAAGUGAACCAAAGGCUUUGGUGGUGAAGGUGCUUGUCCUUUCUGUUGCUUGGGGGAUGAAAAAGCUUUCUGGGGCCCUCAGGCAUGGUUACCUCCCAUGUCUUACUCACUGUAACAAAUGAAGUGAUGUGGUUUCUAUUUAUUAAAAACUAACAACAUA